CCGCAUCAGAUCUGAUUUCUUUUGAUCUUCUAUUUUAAUUAUUGAGUCAAUCCGAGGGACCAGAGGACGGUCAUAGGGUUGGAAAAAUUGUCCCCAACUGAAGUAACUGAUGAGUGUUAACUGCAGCAAUCAGGGAGUACUUUAACUGAUGAUCAAUCAGCUUUGAAGAACGUAAACAAAGUUCAGUUUUAAUUACAAGAUUCGAGCAGUCAGAGAUUUAACUCUGUUUUAUAAUCAUCUAGGAACCAAUCUCGAUUAAACAAGGGCAAAAAAUCGAAACUUGACGACGGAGGGCUUUGGAUUCUCAAAACUUGGAAGCUAGUAAAACUACAAACUAGAAUCUUGAGAUGCUCAACUUGGAUAAAAUGAUCAUGGGCAGAAGAGCAUUCGGGGGGCUUCACAUGGACUCUGCUAUCUCCCCACCUUCCAUGCACGUUGUUCCGAGAACCCUAAUCCAAUAAACUACUGAAGAGAGCAACGUCCUGUAGGGUUAUCAUAAUCCAGGCAACGUGGUCGCGUGCUGAUUGAUGCUUAAAGAAAGGUCAUAUGCGAGGGGAGUGAUCAGGACUAGCUCGUGGAUCACGUACGGUACGAUGUGUGCAUGGAGAUCAUGAACUGUUACGUAUAAUGCGCAGGCGAAUCGAUCGAGUUUUGUGCAGUGAGAGAUUCAAUAAACGGUAAAAGGUAAAAGGUUGUUUGACUCGAACCGAAACGAACUCCCUUUAAAUGCUCAAGCUGCUCGAUCAGCUUCUCCAACCAAUUGCAGAGCCGGCCAUGGAGUCGUCCAAGAAGGCCAGCAACAAGAUCGCGGAGAUCGUGAAGCUGCAGCAGGUCCUCAGGAAGUGGAAGAAGCUCGCGGUGACGCCCAAGGCCGGGGCCGCCGCCGGGAGCGGCGGCGGCGGCAUCAACAAGUUCUUGAAGAGAACGCUGUCCUUCUCCGAGAACCCGGCGGCGGCGGCGGCGUCAGGGGAGGCGGCGGUGCCGAAGGGGUACCUGGCGGUGAGCGUGGGGGAGGAGAUGCGGCGGUUCGUGAUCCCGACGGAGUACCUGGGCCACCGGGCCUUCGCGGCGCUGCUGCAGGAGGCGGAGGAGGAGUUCGGGUUCGGGCAGGAGGGGGUGCUGCGGAUCCCCUGCGAGGUGGCGGCGUUCGAGAGCGUGCUCAAGGUGGUGGAGAAGAGGAAGGAGGGGUCGCUGUGCUACUGCUCCGCCGAGGCGGACGACAUGGCUGGGAGCUCCGGCCACGGCGGGAGUCGGCCGAAUUCUGCGUGCAGAUGAGGCGACGCGUGCAAAUCAAUGAAAAGAUUUUAAAAUCACUGGGUGAAAUCAUAUGAAAAGAUUUUAAAAUUUUGUAAUUCUCAAAUCUCAAAUCUCAAAUCCUACUUAAAAUAUCCCAAUUAAUUAACGUUUAUUCUUCCACAAUUCUAAUUGAAUAAUGUUCUUUGCCCGACUCGUA